AAGAGACCUCGUUCAGUUUCCCCUCAAUAAUUCCAAUACAAAGUGACGUCUUAACACAUGACCCAUCUGUUCGAUUUGCACAUCAAUAAGUAAUGACGCCCUCGUUCUGGGCGCUGCAUAGGUAGAGCAGUGCAGGUGCGACAUCAGACCAGCUGGUCUAUUGACGGGGCGUUGCCGCAAGUCAGGUAGAGAUGCAGAUGCUGGCGACGAGAUGGAUUCCUGUGAUGCUGGGUGCCUAGACGACAGGGUGGACAACUAGAUUCCUCAUCUAGCGUUGAAAUAUGACAUGGGGUGCCAUUUGGAUGUAGACAAUUGGCACGGGAUACCGUUGAUACGUGGUGAAGAGGAAGAGAGGAAGGUUGGUUACCUUGUUGCCUUCAGGUAAAUGAUUGUGACAUGAGCAGCUGGGGCUAUUGUAACAGUAACUCGCAACGGGAACCAUAAAACUGUAGCUGAAACGAGCUGUUUUCAUAACAGCAGCAGUAGGAGGUCUGCUCCAGGAAGGGCGUUAACAUUGCUGUUCCAUAUCCCGGUGUCAUUCAGAAGGAUCAGGGGACAAACUGUGAAGGGUGUGGAUUUGGGUGUGGACAACAGUGACCUCAGCUUCACUGUCGUAUGCAUACACCAACAUGGGUUUCUUUCGACACCUCGGGCUUCUGAUAUGGAAAAACUCUCUACUUCAACGGAGGAAGAUAUGUGUCACCAUAUUUGAAGUGAUCCUGCCCUUACUUUUCGCUGUUGUGUUUCUGUCAUUGAGAUUCGUCGUUAAAGUUCAACGUGUGGAUAACUCAACGAAUUAUGAGUCGUUCCCUGUGUCCGUACCAAGGGGAAUGCCAGGGAAGAUACUGUACACCCCGAAUAUCCCGAUCACAGACGACUUGAUGGCAGGUGUACAGAGUGCUACGAACACUUCUGUUCGAGGUCCCUCUUUGGUCACGUUGGGCUUCUCGUCCGUGGAGAAACUUCUGGACUACUACAGACUAAACUCCGGUGACGUGUCAAUGGCGGUGGAGUUUGACGUGAAGACAACAGACACAUCCCUUCCCAGGGCCCUGCGCUAUUCUCUCCGUCCACCUGUCAAACAAUCCUUUGACAGAUGGAGAACAACAGAGACGUUUCCUUUCAGACAAACAGGAGUUCCAAGAUCUGAUUUUUCACCACGUUACAAGGACAGUGGUUUUCUGUUAAUCCAAAGACUUUUAAACCAGGAAGUCAUCAACUACUGGAACACCAGCGCAGGAAGUGACGUCAGUAACCUUGACAUCCGUCUACAGCGCAUGCCAUACCCUCCCUACAUUAUUGACCCAAUGAUCACCGUCCUACAAAACAUGCUGCCCAUCCUGCUGAUGUUGAGUUUUAUUCUCAUGACGAUACAAACAACCAAAGGAGUGGUUUAUGAAAAAGAAAGAAAAUUAAAGGAAUCCAUGAAACUAAUGGGCUUAAGCGCCGCAGCAAACUGGAUGUCUUGGUUCCUGACCACCUUCAUAUAUGUAGUGGUCAUCAUGGCUUUCUACGCUUUGUUCUGUGGACUGGACGCUAGUGGGAACGGGGCAGCGCUGAGUAGAAGUGACCCCUCCCUGUUCUUUGUGUUCCUCCUCUGUUACGGCAUCUCCAUCGUCUCCUACUGCUUCAUGAUCAGCGUCUUCACUAACAAAGCUAACAUAGGAGCGGCAGUCAGUGGGAUUGUGUUCUUCAUAUCCUACUGUCCGUACUUCUACCUUGAGAGUCAGUAUGAGACGAUGUCCAGAUCAGCUAAGUUGGGGUCGAGUCUGGUUUUCAACCUUGGUAUGUGCUUUGGAUCCAAGGUGAUUGGACUGUAUGAAGGAACGGGGUCGGGUGUUCAGUGGUCUAAUUUCGACCAACCGGCAUCUGUUGACGACAACCUAUCUCUCCUGGACACCAUGUUGAUGCUACUCGUUGACUCAGCCAUCCACUUCCUCAUCACGUGGUACGUGGAUAACGUCUGGCCGGGGGAAUUCGGGGUGCCCAAACCAUGGUACUUCUUCAUGACUAGUGCCUACUGGUGUGGAAGCUCAAGAAAAGUGGAACCAAUCCAAGACAUGAACACAAAACAAAACGAAAACUUCUUUGAGAAAGAGCCAAGUGGAAUGGAUAUCGGAAUCUCCAUCAAGAACCUACAGAAGGUAUUUGGUAAAGGAGCAAAAAAGAAGGUAGCUGUGGAUGGGAUGAAUAUGAACAUGUUCGAGGGUCAGAUCUCUGUUCUCCUGGGUCACAACGGUGCUGGGAAAACUACAACCAUGUCUAUCCUCACAGGCUUCAUCCCUGCGACGGGCGGUGCCGCUGUAGUCAAUGGUUUUGACAUCCGGACAGACAUCCGAGGUGUCCGCCAGAGCCUAGGGCUGUGUCCACAGCAUGACAUUCUGUUUGACACCAUGACAGUGGAGGAACAUCUGGACUUCUUUGCCAGUCUGAAGGGAUGUCCAAAGAAACACGUCAAAUCUCAAGUGGACACUAUCAUCCAUGAGGUUGGUUUACAUCACAAAAGGAAUGUGAAAUCUCAAAACCUCUCUGGUGGUCAGAAAAGAAAACUUUCUGUCGGAAUCGCCCUUAUUGGAGGCUCCAAGAUCGUUAUCCUGGAUGAGCCUACUUCCGGAAUGGAUCCUGCAGCCAGAAGACAGACAUGGGACAUCCUUCAGAGGAACAAGCAGGGCCGGACCAUGUUGUUGACCACUCACUUCAUGGAUGAAGCUGACCUCCUGGGCGACCGCAUCGCCAUCAUGGCAGAAGGAGUGGUCAAGUGCUGUGGGACAUCCUACUUCCUGAAGAAACUCUAUGGAGCUGGCUACCACCUGGUGAUGGUGAAGGAACCCACCUGUCAGGUGGCAUCAGUGACGGCAGUUGUCCAGCAGCACGUCCCUACAGCAGUCAUGGAGAGUGAGAUCAAUGCUGAACUCUCCUACCUGCUGCCUGAUGACCAGUCAGCCAACUUUGCUGCUCUCUUCACGGAGAUUGAAGCCAGGGGGAAAGAACUCGGUAUAUGUAGCUUUGGUACCACCGCCACCACCAUGGAGGAAGUGUUUCUAAAGGUGGAGAAUUCACAAGAACAAAAUCCAGACAAAGACCAAGCUGGUUCAUCUGGUCUGAAUUCUUAUGUUAAUCCUGCCAUGGCAGAGGAAAUGAAAGAGUGUUCCAGUAACAGUUAUAAACUCCAAACUCUUCCGAGCAACGACAGAGACGGCGACAUUAUGGCAUUUAACCAGGGUUACAAGCGAGCCUCGGGUGUGAUGCUUGAGCUGUCCAGAUUCAGAGGAAUGUUCGUGAAGAAGAUUCUCCACACCUGGAGAAACAGGACCAUCACUGUGGUACAAAUCCUCCUCCCUGUCUUAUUCGCAAUAGCUGCCCUAGCUGUGAGCAAACUUGAGCCCAGAUCAAUCACCGAAGCACCCCUUUCCUUAGACCUGGCACCGUUUGGAGGAAGCUUUGUGCCAUACAGCGACGGCUCACCAGCAGUAGCUCUGACACAAGCUUUCGCUACCUCGUAUUCUGAUCAGUUCACCGGAACCGGGGACACACCUGAGAAGAUGGAUCUUUCAAACUCAGAUGCUAAUGCUUUCUUCCUAGCCAGAGCUAAUAGUCUUGGAGUCGGUCAGUACAAUAAGAAGAUGAUGAUUGGUGCCGAUUAUGCGUCCAACACCGUUGCUAAAGGUUACUACAAUGGACAGUCAUUUCACGGAAUAUCCAUUUCCUUGUCAUAUAUGAUGAAUGCCAUGCUGAAAUACUUCACAUCUCGGGAUCAUUCAAUAACAACUAUCAACAACCCCCUGCCUUAUGAUGAGAAUGACUCGUCCACUCAGGUUUCUGGGGCAGGAUUAGGAAUUGGGUUCACGGUGGCUUUUUGUCUCCUGUUUGGCAUGGCCUUUCUUACUUCUUCCUUCGUGUACUUCCUCAUCAAGGAGAGGCAAGUGGGCGCCAAACAUCUUCAGAGUGUCAGUGGAGUUGGGCCGUUUGUCUUCUGGUUGUCCAACCUGGCCUGGGACUACAUCAACUACCUGAUUCCAUCCCUGUUGCUGUUGAUUGUGUUUGCUGGGUUCCAGUCGCCAGCCUACAGUGACGAUGGGAGGCUUGGCGUCGUGUUCUUGGUUCUCCUUGUAUAUGGAAUAGCGGUUUUACCUUUCAUGUACGUUCUACAAUAUGUGUUCAAGUCCCCCGCUACAGGAAUGGUCAUUAUCAUCAUCCUGAAUAUUAUUACAGGGCUGGCAACCCUCCUCACGACCUUCAUGCUACGGCUGCUUGAUGAGACGGAUCUGGCCAUUGCUCUUGACUGGGUCUUCUUGGUGCUGUUCCCCCACUACAACUUCGGCAAGUCCAUCAACGACAUAUUCGUCAACUACAGCAAUUUGGACUACUGCUUCGAAACCAACUCCACAAAUCUCUGUACAAAGAAACCUUCGUGUUGUAAAGAUUCAUGUGGUGACAACUGUUUGGAGUUCGCGGAGAAUUACCUUGACUGGAUGUACCCAGGGAUCGGUCGUUUUGUGGUCUUCAUGGUAAUCCAAGGCGCGGUCUAUCUGCUUAUUACUCUGGCUAUUGAGUACAGAAUCCCACAGCGUAUCGUAUACCUCUUAGGGCACAAGGAGUCGGAGUCAGAAGUGUUCUCGAGAAUUGAAAGUACUCUGUCUAAGGACAACGAUGUUGCCGAGGAACAGCAGCGUGUGAGUCGUAUCUCAGCAGGAGAACAGGGAACAGAUGCUCUUGUGAUCCAGGAUCUAUACAAGAGGUAUGGCCACUUCGUUGCUGUGGACCAUCUCAGUGUUGGGAUCCCCGAGAAGGAGUGUUUCGGUCUCCUGGGUCAGAAUGGUGCCGGGAAGACCACGACUUUCAAAAUGAUGACUGGAGAUGUGAUGAUGACAAGCGGGAACGCUUACCUGUGGUCGUAUGACAUCAAAAAUAAUACCCAAAAGGUGCAGGAGAACAUGGGCUACUGUCCCCAGUUUGAUGCCCUGAUUGACCAGAUGACCGGACGAGAGACUCUCACCAUGUACGCCAGACUCAAGGGAGUGCCGGAGAACUGCAUCAAAGGCGUGUGUGACAACCUGCUGGAUAUCAUGAUGCUCAGACAGUACGGGGACAAACCCGCAGGAACCUAUAGUGGUGGCAACAAGCGUAAACUGAGCACCGCCAUCGCUCUGGUUGGAGACCCGGCCUUCAUCAUGCUGGAUGAGCCGUCCACGGGGAUGGACCCCAAGGCCAGGAGGCAGCUCUGGAACGUCCUGUCAAAAGUGCGAGAACGUGGAAGGACACUCGUGCUCACGUCUCACAGCAUGGAGGAAUGUGAUGCCUUGUGUACGAGAAUAGCCAUCAUGGUCAAUGGCCAGUUUGUCUGUCUGGGAACGCCCCAGCAUCUGAAGAACAAGUUUGGCCAGGGGUACACGCUCAUCGCUAGGAUGGGAAACGUCACGGUGCAAACUGGGUCGUCAGAAGAAACCUCCCCAGCGCCUACAGAACCCCUGAUAGAGUACCUAGUGUCUAAAUUCCCCAACACAAAGGUGUUUGACGACCACCAGGGCUACGCCCACUUCCAGGUGCCCGACACCUCGGUGAGUCUGGCCCAGGUGUUCACGUCCAUGGAGCAGGCCAAGGGGCAGUUUUUCGUGGAGGACUAUUCCGUCCAUCAGACAACACUGGAGCAAGUGUUCCUUACCUUUACUCGAAGUCAGAACCCACCGAAAGAUGACAAGACGAGCCUCUGUAAAAGGAUAUGUUGUUGCUGAUUGAGAUAGGAUGUGUAAAGUUUGAAAGAGACUUGGUAGUGUUUGAUGACCUAUAGUAAAUUGUAUACGAGGCGGAGCAAAGUUUGAUGAGCUUUUGCAAAGAUUGAAAGAGAUGAAACAAUGUUUGUACGAAGUGUAGGAAUGGGGGAUAGAAGGGUCAGUGAUGCUAGCGUUAGAACAUUAGAAAGGGGUAGGACAAUUAUGAACGAGGCAUUCAUAACCCUUGAAAAGGGAGUACGGAAGUUUGAAAGAAGGAUAGUGAAGUUUCAAAGGGCAGAGAAGUUUGAAAGAAGGCCAUGGAGGUUUGGGAGAGCCAUGAGGAAAUAAUAUUUUAACCUCAUCAGGGACCGUUCAUACUUUAUGGGGGCUUGGGAGGGUGUGGGGGUGGAUG